CCUGCAUGCGUCUGUGUUUCCUUUCUUCAUUCUCUGCCAGGAGACUGCUUUAAAACCCUGAGCCCACAGCUCUUUCCUGCUCCACCACCAAACAGGCCUGCGCUCUGUACACAUCUGCACACCAAACCUUUCACCGCAGCUUUUUACAAACCAAAGCAUUUUACACACCAACGUUUUAUACACAUUUUUUUUCAGACUCCACGGCUACUGGAAGGAACCAACCAUAACUCAUCUCUUCAAGCUCUCAGAGACUCUACAAGACAGACUGACUCCAACUGAGACUUAUUCUACACCUGAGGACUGUUGUUGGAUGUUCUGUGUUGUUCGUCUAGCAAAUGCAAGUCAUCUGUUAGCUGACGGUUCUGACUGGUCUGUGUGAGAGACUGUGGGUGGCCUGGGGCCUUUUGUGCUUCACUGAAACAGGAGUUGAGCUGAGGAAGCUUCUCUUGCCUUCCUAGAGCUGGGGUCAAGUUCCACUGCCUGUGCUGGUCUUGGUAAAUCUGGUUCAAGUCUGGUUUAAGCUGUAGGCUGAUUUAGUCCGGUCCUGCUUCUGAGUGUAGUAAGACAAUGAGGGGGGCAUUGUUGGGUUUGUCAGUGUCUCUGGCCCUCUGUUGCUGUGUUCUAGGCUGGGAUGGAGGUGUAGAGGGACAGGACACCACAGGUGUCCAGACACAGGUGAGACAGGCUGGACCUGUGGAACAUGGGAGAGAGUGGGAGGAAGAGAGAGAGGACGUUAUGAUGGACGACCCUGGUACGGAGGUGAAGGAGAUCAAACCAAAGAAGAAGAAAUCCAUAGAGGAGGUGGAGGCAGCCAGGGCAAAGAAAGCCGCAGAGAAGGAGGCCAAAGCCAAGAAGCAGAAAGCCAACAAGGCGCCCAAAGCCCCGAAACCCACAAAAAAAAACAAAGCCACCAAGGCACCCAAAAAGCUCAAGGCCACCAAGGCACCAAAAGCCACCAAGGCACCUAAGGUCACAAAGCCCAAAGCUACCAAGGCCUCCAAGACAACAGCAUGGAAGGAGGAGGGGGUGAAGCCGGUGACCAGAAGACCCAGUCUGGAAGAGGAGAAGGAGAAACUCCUGAUUGAGCUGGGCUGGGACAGACUAGACAGCAGACCCUCGGGACACACACCUCUCUCUGCUGGCUCCAAGACCCUGACAGAGCAUGGUCAAGAUUACUGGGACACCAAGCUGGACAGAGAGAGGACUACCACUGAGGUCAUCAUGUAUGUAUCAGAGGAAACCACAGUGCCCUGGUACGAAGAGUAUGAUUAUGCAGACUUGGCAGCUAAACAACUUGAGGAGGAGGCAGAGAAAGCUCGCAAGGAGAAGGAGGAAAAAGUGAAGCGGCUGAGGAAGAAGUGGGAGGAGGAAGAGGAGGAGAGGCUGAGGAAGAUCCCAGUACAUGCCGAACCCAAGAAAUGCCCUCCUCUAGGUCUGGAGUCCCAUCGUGUUGACGAUGACCAGCUGCUGGCCUCUUCUCAGUCUCACCACGGCUUCUCUGCUCAGCGGGGCAGGCUCAACAUGCAGAGCUCUGGUAAUGAGGAGGGUGUGUACGGGGGUUCGUGGUGUGCUGAGCCAGAGGAGAAGAACCACUGGUUUGAGGUGGACGCUCGCAGAGAGGUGGAGUUCACUGGAGUCAUCGUACAGGGCAGGAACUCAGACACAGCGGAAGAUUUUGUGUCCACGUUCUACGUGUCCUUCAGUAAUGACAGUCGUGAUUGGACAGUGCUCCAUGAUGGCUAUGCUGAGUGGUUGUUCUAUGGGAAUGUGGAUAGGGACUCUCCAGUGAUGGUGCAGUUUGAUUGGCCAACCGUGGCACGUUACAUCCGUGUCCUUCCCCAGAGCUGGAACGGCAGCCUGUGUCUCAGAGUUGAGGUCAUGGCCUGCCAACUGACCAGCAGAUUCCGUAGUGAGAAUAAGGUCAACCCCACAGACAACCUUGACUUCAGACACCACAACUAUAAGGACAUGAGACAGAUGAUGAAGGUGAUAAAUGAGGAGUGUCCUAACAUCACUAGGAUCUAUAACAUUGGGAAGAGCUCUGCAGGCCUGAAGAUGUAUGCCAUGGAGAUCUCUGACAACCCCGGGGAACACCAGACAGGUGAGCCGGAGUUCCGCUACACGGCGGGUCUCCAUGGUAAUGAGGCACUGGGGCGGGAGCUGCUCCUCCUGCUGAUGCAGUUCAUGUGUAAGGAGUAUAAUGAGAACAACCCCAGAGUGCGCCGCCUGGUGGGGGGAGUGAGAAUACACCUGGUUCCCUCACUCAACCCAGACGCCUACGAACUGGCCUACGAGAUGGGCUCUGAGAUGGGGAAUUGGGGUCUGGGCCACUGGACUGAGGAGGGAUACGAUAUCUUCCAGAACUUCCCGGACCUCAACAGUGUUCUAUGGGGGGCAGAGGACAGAGGCUGGGUCCCACGCAUUGUACCUAAUCACCACAUCCCACUCCCAGAGAACUUCCUCAAUGGCUCGGUUGCCCUGGAAACCAAAGCCAUUAUUAACUGGAUGGAGCGGACCCCAUUUGUGUUGGGAGCCAAUUUGCAGGGUGGAGAGAAAGUGGUGGCGUACCCGUUUGACAUGCAGCGACCUCCAAAGGCUACAGGGACUUUGGGGUCUCGGCGUGAGUUGAGACCCGGUGUGAACCAUGAGAUGAAUGAGGAAACGUGGGCCCGGAUGCAGCGUCAGAAUGGGGACGCGCUACGAGAGACGUCUGACGACACCAUGUUCCGCUGGCUGGCCAUGACGUACGCCCACAGCCACCUGACCAUGACGGAGACCCAGCGGGGCUCCUGCCACACAGACGACAUCUCUGGGGGACAGGGCAUCAUCAACAGGGCCAGUUGGAAACCUGUGGUGGGAAGUAUGAAUGACUUCAGCUACCUGCACACUAACUGCUUUGAGCUGUCUGUGUUCCUGGGCUGUGACAAGUUUCCUCAUGAGAGUGAGCUGCCUCUGGAAUGGGAGAACAACCGGGAGGCACUACUGUCCUUCAUGGAACAGGUGCAUCGUGGGAUAAAGGGCAUAGUGAGGGACAUGGAGGGUAAACCCUUGGCCAACGCCACCAUUUCUGUGGACGGCGUCAAGCACGAUGUCAAGACUGCUGCGACUGGUGACUACUGGCGGUUGUUGAACCCCGGGGAGUACCGUGUGACAGCUCGCGUCGACGGCUACACGCUCCAGACCCGGCUGUGCAUUGUGGGCUACGACUCCGGAGCCACCCCCUGUAGCUUCACCCUGGCCAAGUCCAACUGGGACCGAAUUAAGCAGAUUAUGGUCCUCCACGGCAAGAGGCCCAUACGGCUUGUUACCAAAGCACCCCCCCGGGUAGGAAGUGACAUCAGCGGCGGGUCAGUUGGCAGCGUAGACGCAACAAAGAUGGGCGCCACUGGCGGGAUAUCGGCCAACUCCCAUAAUGCAGAGCGUCUCCGGCGGUUACGGCUGAUGCGCCUGCGCAAGAUGCACCAGCAGAGACUCAGGUAUAACUUCUCCACCACCACGCCCGUUGCCACGACGACCACCACGGCGGCCCCCACAACGACGGCGGCGCUGGAGACAGAGAGCACUACUUCCUGGUAUGACUCGUGGUUCCCUGUGGAGAGUUCGUACACAGAGCCCACACCUGCCGAGGUCUUCACAGAGAUCCAGGAGUCAAAGCCUACACAGGACUACACCUUUGAGUACAAGUUUGAAGAUUACUAAGGUGAAUUUAAUUAAAUUGCUAAAGUAACAAAUUACAGUUUUUAAAAACACAAUCAUAAAGGCAUUAUUCAAAUUGUGUGAAAUUGAAAACAUAUUUAAUUCCUUGCAGAGCUGAAAGAAAAUAUAGCAUUUAAAAAAAACGCUUUUUAAAAAUAAUACUUUCUCUGUGCUUUAUGUCUCAUGAUGGUCUGUAUUCUGAUAUAUUUUUGUAAUGCUCACACAUAGAUUAGAGAAUAGUCUACAUUCUCUCUCUGCAGAGCAGGGAGUUAACAGCAUGUUUUUCAUAUUAUUUACUUAAGCAAGCCUAUUCUGAGACGUAGAUAUAGGGUGCUUCAAAUGUUUCACAAUAAAAGAGUAUAAACAGGUUAUUUGACACACGCCUAAGUCAUGCUUUGCCUCAACGUGGAUUCUUAUGUUUGGUUAGAUAUGAUUACUAAUAUCUAUGGAAACUGCGGUGUGUUUGUAUUAUUACAUUAAAAGUGUUCAAAAAAGUA